AGAAAUAUAGAAUAGAAGUCCGCAAAGAGAGGACCGGGACGGAAGAAAACAAAUAAAGAGAGGAAAAAAGAAAAUUUGCGUUAAUCGAGUUGUUGCUGGUUUUGGGGUUCUUCGAUUACUAGGGUUUCUCUGUAAUCUUUUUCGGAAGAGGAUCCGAGAAUCUUUAAUCCUGAUGGCUUCGCAAGGACAAACAAGUAUUGAACCCGCUGUACUCGACGACAUAAUCCGGCGCCUCACCGAAGUCCGCUCCUCUCGUCCCGGGAAACAGGUUCAGUUAUCAGAGAAUGAGAUCAAACAACUUUGUGCUGCUUCCAGAGAGAUUUUUAUUCAGCAACCCAAUUUGCUCGAGCUUGAAGCCCCUGUUAAAAUUUGUGGUGACAUUCAUGGGCAGUAUAGUGAUUUACUAAGGCUCUUUGAGUAUGGAGGUUUUCCUCCAAGUGCCAAUUAUCUGUUUUUAGGAGACUAUGUGGACCGUGGCAAGCAGAGCUUAGAAACAAUAUGUCUAUUGCUUGCCUAUAAGAUCAAGUACCCUGAGAAUUUUUUCCUUUUAAGAGGAAACCAUGAAUGUGCUUCAAUUAAUAGGAUAUACGGGUUUUAUGAUGAAUGUAAGCGGCGGUUUAAUGUGAGACUCUGGAAGGUGUUUACUGAUUGUUUUAACUGUCUUCCUGUGGCUGCUCUUAUUGAUGAAAAAAUUUUGUGCAUGCAUGGUGGUCUCUCCCCGGAUCUUACAAAUCUGGAUCUAAUAAGAAACUUAGGCAGGCCAACCCCUAUCCCAGACACUGGUUUGCUAUGUGAUUUGCUUUGGUCUGAUCCUUGUCGGGAUGUUCGAGGGUGGGGAAUGAAUGAUAGAGGAGUCUCUUACACCUUUGGUCCUGAUAAGGUGGAAGAAUUUUUAUCCAAGCACGACCUGGAUCUCAUAUGCCGUGCUCAUCAGGUUGUGGAGGAUGGUUAUGAAUUUUUUGCUGACAAGCAACUUGUCACAAUAUUCUCAGCCCCCAACUAUUGUGGUGAAUUUGAUAAUGCUGGUGCAAUGAUGAGUGUUGAUGAAAACCUGAUGUGCUCUUUCCAGAUUCUGUCAUCUUCACAUAGGUGAUGGUUGCAGGUUAACUAUUAUUAGUCUUUAACCAAGAAAACAUUUCAUGCAGGCAUUUCUAUUUUCUCUGGAAAAAGUAGUUGCAGAAGAUUGCAAAGCUUCAAUAUGUUAUCGUAUCUGUGAAGUGAAGAACAAUGGUGCUACGUUUUCUUUCUUUCUUUCUUUAUUUCCUUUUUUUUUUUCAUUUUCAUUUUGAUGGUUAAGUGAGUAGGGGGGAGGUAUUCAAAAUGGAAAGUGAAGAAUACUGCACGAAGAUGAAUCGAUGGCCAAAGACAGGCAGAAACUUCUAUAUUUUCACUUUUUCUUCACAUCAGUUGUACUAAAUUUGCAGCACGUUUGUAGUGUAUAAUUGCUUUGGCAACCCAUAGAUCAACUUCCCACUUUGUUCAACAUAUUGGUUCAAUCAUCUCCUCAAGAUUUCUUCACAGUUUUCUCAAGCUCCAGUAGCAUUUUGCCAAACUUUGCCAAUUUUCCUGCUGGAUUUAGCAUCGCUCAUCUGAGUUUUUCCCAUUUCUCUUUCUGUUUUUUCUUUUUUUGUUUGGAAUUAGAUGGUUCCAAAUGUAUAUGAUUGAGAUUCAGGACCGUCUUUUCGGUCUUUUGGUAACAGAAACUUGAACUUAAGUUUCUACAUCGAAAGGGAUAUGGUAUUUAUGUUUAUAGUUAUAGAUCGGUGUUGGUACCAAAUUCAAUUA